GCUUCGCGUCCCGCAAUAAUGAGGUCACGUGUAGCGUGUCAGAGGCCGGGGAAACUCGGACAGCGUCUGUGUCUCCGUUUUGGGAAGGUACAGUACUGUACGCAUGACGUCACGCGUCUGCUAGGCGUGAACACUCAUGCAAGCCGAACGAUCCCGUAGCGUCAUGCAGGAGCUCGCAGGGCCCGUCGUGCAUAUAACCGCCGUCCAAGGGAUUCACGGGCGGCUGGCCUUCGCCCUGCCCACCUCCUACAUCCUGAACCGCCGCUGGGCGUACUACCGCCAGCUCCCGCCAUCGCUCAAGGCGUUCGGCGUCAUCUCGAACGAUGCCGGCGCGCAUGAGCUUGAUAUCCUUCAGCAGCGCGUGCAGGAUCGCUGGGAUAAGAUGGGACCGCUGGAGAAGCUGAAGGACGUCGCGGGAAGACACGAAUAUGGUUUAAUUGGCGGCGCGUUUGGCUGGAUCAUGCGGGACAAAUACCAGACGAUGCCACAAAAGAUUGUGCAGGCGCGUAUGUGGGCGCAGGGACUGACCAUUGGUAUCCUGAUCGCGGCCGGAGCACUUACUCACGCGCGGAGACAGCAAGCUGUCGACGAACAUGGGUUGAGACACAUUGAACCUGACCAUUCUUGGAGGGAUAUUGUCGAGCAAACGAGCGAGGCCGACACCAAUGAGCGACGCACCUGAGGAUUUGUAGCAUGUCUAGAUGCUUUCGCGCGUUGCACUGCCGAGCGAGUGCCGAGUGAGAGCAUCCGACGACGACUAAAUGCGGUGUCUACGACGGGCCAUUACUGUACCACAAACGUGGACACGCUGUGUAUUGUAUGGCCUUCAUUUCCCGCCUCUAGCCGAGAGUCAAGACGGUUUGGAGACGUACCUCUUUGAUCCCGUCUGCCGGACCAAUUGUGUGGGUCAUACGGGUAUCGUUCCCGCAGAUC